AUGGCAAAAUUUGAAACUCUACAUUUUCGGAAAGGUUCUUUUUUUAAAGUUGUAGUAGUGGCAGCUAUAUUAGCUAAACUUGGAGUUUAUGAUGCAAAUGCUGAUGAAGUACCAGCUUUCUUUUUAAAGAUUGCAAAACAUGUUCCUCGUAUUGGGAGAAGUGAAUUAAAUGAACAUUCUUUCGAUACAACUGCUGAUGAUUACCAUGCGAGUCAAAUUUCAAAAAGAAAAAUUGGUUUCCAAUCAGAAUUUGAUACUCAAGCCUGGCAAAAUUUUCCGCUAACAAUUGAGGGUCCACCAGAAUUAUGGAGAACCUUGGCUGGAUACAGUAAAGAUUCACUGCAUAAAGCAUCGGUCGAUUUCAACAACGAAUUAUGGAUGCGAGACAAAAGGACAAAAGUUCCACAAGUAUGA